CGCAAGUCAAAAACUUUUCCUCCUCUCCGUCAUGCCCACAAUCGCCCUCAACGGCCAGCUUAUCGCGGCGCCGAUAGUUUACACCACCGCUUCUUCUUAUCUCUCUUCUCGCCGUCAAUAUUAUCCCUUAUCUUCCUCUCGCGAACUUCGUUUCAACGCAUCUUCUUCCUCUCGCUUCAAAUCCUUAACUUGCUCAGCAAACUUACCUACUCGGAAGAAGAUCGAGCCUUCCUCCAACAAUGUUCUUCUUAACUCAUUUUCGAAAUCUCUCGUCGUCUGUUCCUCCGCUAAGCCGAAGGAUUUGUCCAAUGGUAAUCUCCGUAAGUCACUUGGGAUAUCUCUUGUCGUCACCUCUGUUUCCUCCACCGCGUCUCUGUUUCUGCCACGACUCUUUUCUCUUCUGUCGAUUCUAAGAGGCGGCGGAGGAGGAGGAGGAGGUGGAGGAGGAGGGAAUUUCGGUGGAGGUGGAGAUGGCGGAUUUUGGAGGAAAUUGUUUUCUCUGGGAGUACCAGUGGCUGUCGCCGACGAAGAACAGUCACCGGAUUGGGAUUCUCACGGUUUACCUGCGAACAUUGUUGUACAGUUUAACAAGCUAAGUGGUUUUAAAAAGUAUAAAAUCUCAGAUAUUAUCUUCUUUGAUCGACGAAGAAAAGCCACCGUUGAAACAGAGGAUUCUUUCUUCGAGAUGGUAUCGAUUCAAGAAGGAGGAGUUUACACAAAAGCUCAGUUACAGAAGGAGUUAGAAACCCUAACUACUUGCGGAUGGUUUGAGAAAGUCGAUUUCGAAGGGAAGACGAAACCUGACGGAACCCUAGGUGUUACAAUCUCUUUCGCAGAGAGCAUGUGGCAAGGCGCGGAGAGGUUUCGAUGCAUCAACGUAGGGUUAAUGACACAACCGAAACCGGUAAAGAUUGAUUCAGACAUGACAGAAAAAGAGAUGAUUGAGUACUUGAGAAGUCAAGAGAAGGAAUAUAAGCAGAGGAUUAAGAAAGCGAGGCCGUGUUUACUUCCGGGAUCGAUUCAACGAGAGGCGAUGCUUAUGCUAAGGGAUCAAAGGAGUUUAAGUGCGAGGCUUUUGCAUAAGGUUAAAGAACGAGUUCUUAAAUGGUACCAAGACCAAGGGUAUAGUUAUGCUAAUGUUGUGAAUUUUGGGAACUUGAACAGUAAGGAACUUGUUUUUGAAGUUAUGGAAGGAGAUAUAACACAGUUGGUUAUUCAGUUUCAAGAUAAGCUUGGUAAUGUAGUUGAAGGUAACACACAGAUUCCUGUCGUGCGCAGACAAAUUCCAAAACAGUUACGUCCAGGUCAUGUGCUCAACAUGAAAGUUGCGAACGAAGCUGUGAGGAACAUUCAUUCUUUAGGAUUGUUCUCUAACAUCGAGAUCAUGCCAGUUCCAGAUGAGAAAAAGGAAGGAGGUGUAAUUGUUGAGGUCAAGCUUCAGGAGGCAGAUCAGAAAUCUGUAGAUGUUAGUGCAGAUUGGAGUAUUGUUCCUGGUCCUAGAGGAUUUCCUUCAUUGGCUUCGUUUCAGCCAAGCGGGACUGUUUCUUUCGAACAUCGAAACAUCAAGGGUCUUAAUCGAUCUCUCAUUGGUUCAGUAACCACUAGUAACUUCUUGAAUCCUGAGGAUGAUCUUACGUUUAAGCUUGAGUAUGUACACCCAUAUCUAGACGGUGUUAACAAUCCUAGAAACCGUACCUUCAAAACGAGUAUCUUCAACAGUAGUAAACUUAGCCCAGUGUUCACUGGAGGCCCUGGAUUUGAGGAAGCAGUGGCUCCAAUCUUGGUGGAUCGAGCUGGUGUGAAAGCUACUAUAACUGAGGACUUCACACGUCAGAGUAAAUUAACAUAUGGAGUUGUGUUGGAAGAGAUAACAACUAGAGAUGAAAACGGGAAAAUCUCUCCAAAUGGUCAGGUUUUACUACCUAAUGGAGGAAUCAAUGUUAAUGGACCUCCAACAACUCUCAGUGGUACUGGUAUUGAUCGUGUAGCCUUUCUACAAGGUAAUAUAACCCAAGACAACACCAAGUUUGUGAAUGGAGCUAUUGUUGGAGAUAGGAAGAUAUUUCAGGUGGAUCAAGGCUUAGGUAUAGGAAGCAAUUCCCCACUCUUCAACCGACAUCAACUAACUUUAACAAAAUUCAUUCCACUGAGACAAGUAGAAGAAGGUCCCGGUAAACCGCAACCACCAGUUCUAGUUCUCCAUAGCCAUUACGCUGGAUGUGUAGGUGAUCUACCAGGCUAUGAUGCUUUUGCUCUUGGAGGUCCUAACUCUGUUCGAGGCUACACUAAGGGAGAGCUUGGUGCAGCUAGAAACAUUGUCGAGGUUGGUGCUGAGGUUAGAGUACCUAUAAAGAACACACAAGUGUAUGCAUUUGCUGAGCAUGGAAACGAUUUGGGAAGCUCAAAGGAUGUGAAAGGAAACCCGACCGCAGCUUUCAGAAGAAAGGGACAUGGUUCAUCAUAUGGUGUGGGUGUGAAACUUGGUCAGAUACGAGCUGAAUAUGCUGUUGAUCACAAUUGUGGAACCGGUGCUCUGUCUCUUCAGUUCGGAGAAAGAUAUUAAGGAUUAAGUUGAUGUCUUGCAAAAUAAUGUGUCUUUUGUUACACAUAGGUUUGAGACUUGAUCAUAAAGAAAUAGAUUUUUUUAUU